CUCAAGCACCUGCUUGCGCUCCAUGUGUUUCUCCUACUUGCGAUCCUUGCUUAGCUUCAUGUCCUAUUCCAGCUCCUCCAUCUUGCAGGUGUGAUAAUGCAUUGAUAGGUACAACUGUUUCACUAGGAGUUGUUAGUGGGAUAAUUCUUCCGAUAUGUAUCGCUUUGAUCUUUUAUUAUCGGCGUCACGCAAUGGCAACUCAAUCAGAACAAAUUCCAAACCCAAAUGGAGACAACAACCAAAAGACAGGAACAACAUAUGAUGUAAGAGAAUAUGGAGCUUCUGAGGUG